AUGGAGCAGUCAAGUCAAAAUAAGUCAAAUAUUCAGGUAUCGUUGUGCUGUCAGGUUUCAGUUCUUUUGCAAACUGAAGAAUAUUUUCCUCUAAGCCGACCAUUUGCCGACUCGUUUGCCGACUCAUUUGCCGACCACAAGCACAACUCCAUAAGGUCAGUAUAUCAUGGUGGUGCGGUGGAGGAAAGUAUAACAACAGCACCAACUAAGUCAAGUUUUACAACACAAUUUACAUCUACAAACCCUGAUAAAAGUAUUUCAGAAAUAAGAGGAACGGGCCAUUCGGCGUCCCAUAGGCCUACUUGGAUUUCUACUCUAGGAGACUCCAGCACAAGUGCUCUAUACAUCAUUGAAGGAACACCAAGAAAGACUGAUGCAGAGGACACAUCAAUGAUAACUGCAAAAGGUGAAUCACCAGCACUCUUAGCAUCAACUACAGAGAUGACCGGUGGAAUAACAUCCCCAAGUGUGAAAACUACAGCCAUAUCACUCACAACAAUAGAAGGUUUAACAACACUGGCCACGACACUAUCAACUAUAGGACCAUCAAUAGGUGGCACUAAGAAUAACGCACCUAUGUCAGCAGAACAUUCUACAGUAUCAGCCAUUCAAAGCUCAACAAUUGUAUCUGCACAAGUCACCACAUCUUCAACUACAACAACUGCAGAGGUCGCACCAGAUGGAACACCAAAAAUAACUACAAAAUCUCCAUCAACCCUAGAAAGUACAAUGGCAACAAGCCAGACAUUUAGUAUAGCAUCAACAACUACAACUGGAAGUGACACAGCUACAACUACACAAGGUACAACUGAGUUUAUCAACAGAGGGACAACUAUCUUCACAACUGAAGCUCCAAAUGAAGUGACUUCAAAAAGACCAGCAGAAGAAAUUAUGACACAUGCAACAGGAACAAGUUCAAAUUCCUCACCAACAAAGACCACCUUAAUAUUUACAGAACAGACUACUGAUGCACCAUCAACAGGAACUACCUCCAAAGGUACAGAAGUGGAGACUACAAAAGUUAUGACAUCAGUGUUGCCCUCUGAGAGCACCACAUUCACAACAGAAGGGACAACAUUAUUAGUGGCUUAUUCCAAGGGUACAGAUACAACAAUCCAAGCCAAGACCAAAAGUGAAACAGUAUCCACUACAGAUGGUACAACUUUUAUACCAAUGACUUCAAGAACUACAAGAGCAGGCACAACUGAAAUUAAAACUCUAAUAAGUACACUAUCAGGAACCACAAUCUCAUCCAUAGAAGAUACAACACCAGUUAUUGCAGAAGGAUCCACAACAAGAACAAAAGAAGGUAUAACCACAUCUACUGCAGUUACAAAGAGUGUAUCAUUGAGCACAUCUGUAGAAGAAACAACAGCAACAGCUUCACAAGACAGAACACAGACAACUGUUAAAGGUACAACAGAACCAGAUUCACAAGAAACAAUACAGGCAACUGUAGAUAGAAAAACAUCACCAGCUACACAAGACACAACACGGACAAAUAUUGAAGGUACAACAACACAAGCUGUACAAGACAUAAAACAGACAACUGUAGAAGGAACAACAACACCAGAUUCACAAGACACAACAAAGAAAACUGUAAAAGGAACAACAACACAAAUUACACCAGACACAACACCUACAAUUGUAGAAGGAAAAAUAACACCAGCGUUACAAGAUACAUCACAGACAAAUGUAGAAGGAACAAUAACACCAGCUUCACAAGAUACAACACAGACAAUUGUAGAAGGAAGAAUAACUCCAGCUUCACAAGAUACAGAGCAGACAAAUGUAGAAGGUACAACAGCACCAGCAUCAAAAUACACAGCACAGACAACUCUAGGUGGUAAAACAGCACAAGCUUCACAAGACAAAACACAGACAACUGUAAAAGGAACAACGACUUCAAAAGACACCACACAUACAACUAUAGAAGGAACAACAACACCAGCUUCACAAGACACAACACAGACAACUGUAGAAGGUACAACAGCACCAGCAUCAAAAGACAAAACACAGACAACUACAGAAGGAACAACAGCACCAGCUUCACAAGAUACAACACGUACAACUGUAGAAGGAAAAACAACACCAGCUUCACAAGACACAGCGCAGACAACUGGAGAAGGUACAUCAGCACAAACUUCACAAGACACAACAAAGACAACUGUAGAAGGUACAACAGUACCAAUUUCACAAGACACAACACCUACAGCUGUUGAAGGAACAACAACACCAGCUUCACAAGAUUCAACACAGACAACUGUAGAAGGUACAACAGCACAAGCUUCACAAGACACAACACAGACAACUGUAGAAGAUACAACAGCAUUAGCUUCACAAAACACAGCAAAGACAAAUGUUGGUGGUACAACAGCACAAUCUUCACAAGACACAACACAGACAACUGUAGAAGGAUCAACAGCACCAACUUCACAAGACACAACACGUACAACUGUAGAAGGGACAACUACACCUACAUCAAAAGACACAACACAUACAACUGUAGAAGUUACAACAGCACCUGCUUCACAAGACACAACAAGGACAACUGUAGAAGGUACAACAGCACCAGCUUCACAAGACACAACACAGACGACUGUAGGAGAAACAACAACACUAACUUCACAAGACACAACACCUACAACAGUAGAAGGAACAAUAAGAACAGCUUCACAAGACACAGCACUGAUAACUGUUGAAGGAACAAAAGCACCAGCUUCAAAAGACACAAAACAGACAACUGUAGAAGGAAAAACAAAACCAACUUCACAAGACACAACUCACACAAGUGUAGAAGGCACAACAUUGCCAGCUUCAACAGACACAACAUCUACAACUGUAGAAGGAACAAUAACACCAGCUUCACAAGAUACAACACAAACAACUGUAGAGGGAACAGCAACACCAGCUUCACAAGUCACAGCGCAGACAACUGUAGAAGGAAUAAUGACACCAACGUUAUCAGAUGCAACACCUACAACUGUAGAAGUAACAAUAACACCAGCUUCACAAGAUACAACAGAGAAAACUGUAGAAGGAACAAAAACACGAGCUUCACAAAACACAACACAGACAACUGUAGAAGUUACAACAGCACAAGCUUUACAAGACACAACAAAGACAACUGUAGAAGCUACAAUAACACAAGAUUUACAAGACACAACAAAGACAACCGUAGAAGAUACAACAGCACAAGCUUUACAAGACACAACAAAGACAACUGUAGAAGGUACAAAAGCACCAGCUUCACAAGACAUAACACAGACGACUGUAGAAGGAAAAACAACAUCAACUUCACAAGACACCACACGUACAACUGUAGAAGAAACAACAACACCAGCUUCACAAGACACAACACAGACAACUGUAGAAGGAAGAACAACACCAGCUUCACAAGACACAACACAGACAACUGUAGAAGGUACAACAGCACCAGCUUCACAAGACAUAACACAGACGACUGUAGAAGGUACAACAGCACCAGCUUCACAAAACUCAACGCAGAAAACUGUAGAAGGAAGAACAACACAAGCUUCACAAGAUACAACACAGACAACUGUAGAACUGGCAACAGCACAAGCUUCACAAUACAUAACAAGGACAACUGUAGAACUUACUACAGCACAAGCUUCACAAGAUACAACAAGGGCAACUGUAAAAGAUACAACAGCACCAGCUUCACAAGACACAACACAGACGACUGUAGAAGAAACAACAGCACCAGCUUCACAAGAAACAGCGCAGGCAACUGUAGAAGUUACAACAACACUAACUUCACAAUACACAACACAGUCAACUGUAGAAGGAACAACACCAUCUUCACAAGACACCACAAGUACAACUGUAGAAGGAACAACAACAUCAGCAUCACAAGACAUAACACAUACAAUUGUGGAAGGUACAACAGCACAAGCUUCACUAGACACAGCGCAGACAACUGUAGAAGUUACAACAGCACAAACUUCACAAGACACAACAAAGAUAAUGGUAGAAGGUACAACAGCACAAGCUUCACAUGACAUAACACAGACGAUUAUAGAAGGAACAACCACACUUACUUCACAAGACUCAAUGCAGACAACUGUAGAAGGAAGGACAACACUAGCUUCACAAGACACAACACAUACAACUGUAAAAGGUACAACAGCACAGGCUUCACAAGACACGAUACAGACAACUGUAGAAUUUACAACAGCACAAGCUUCAAAAUACACAACAAGGACAACUGUUGAACUUACUACAGCACAAGCUUCACAAGAUACAACAAGGACAACUGUAGAAGAUACAGCAGCACCAGCUUCCCAAGACACAACACAGACGACUGUAGAAGAAUCAACAGUACCAGCUUCACAAUCUACAGCGCAGACAACUGUAGAAGUUACAAGAACACUAGCUUCACAAUACACAACACAGUCAACUGUAGAAGGAACAACACCAUCUUCACAAGACACCACAAGUACAACUGUAGAAGGAACAACAACACCAGCUUCACAAGACACAACACACACAAUUGUAGAAGGUACAACAGCACCAGCUUCACAAGAAACAGUGCAGACAACUGUAGAAGUUACAAGAACACUUGCUUCACAAUACACAACACAGUCAACUGUAGAAGGAACAACAACACCGUCUUCACAAGACACCAAAAGUACGACUGUAGAAGGAACAACAACACCAGCUUCACAAGACACAACACGUACAACUGUAGAAGGUACAACAGCACAAGCUUCACAAGACACAACAAAGACAAUGGUAGAAGUUACGACAGCACCAGCUUCCCAUGACAUAACACAGAUGAUUAUAAAAGGAACAACCACACUAACUUCACAAGACUCAAUGCAGACAACUGUAGAAGGAAGGACAUCACUAGCUUCACAAGACACAACACGUACAACUGUAAAAGGUACAACAGCACAAGCUUCACUGGACACAGUGAAGACAACUGUAGAAGUUACAACAGAACAAACUUUACAAGACACAACAAAGACAAAGGUAGAAGGUACAGCUUCACAAGACAUAACACAGACGAUUAUAGAAGGAACAACCACACUAACUUCACAAGAUACCACACGUACAACUGUAAAAGGUACAACAGCACAAGCUUCAGAAGACACAACAAAGUCAACUGUAGGUGGUACAACUGCAGGAGCUUCACAAGACACAAUACAGACAACUGUAGAACUUUCAACAGCACCAGCUUCACAAGACACAACACAUACGACUGUAGAAGAAACAACGCCAACUUCACAAGACACAACACCUACAAAUGUAGAAGGAACAAUAAGAACAGCUUCACAAGACACAACACAGAUAAUUGUAGAAGGAACAAAAGCACCCGCUUCAAAAGACACAACACAGGCAACUGUAGAAGGAACAACAACACCAACUUCACAAGACAAAACUCGUACAAGCGUAGAAGGAACAAUAACACCAGCUUCACAAGACACAAUACAGACAACUGUAGAGGGAACAACAACACCAACCUUACCAAACACAACACCUACAACUGUAGAAGUAACAAUAACACCAGCUACAAAAGAUACAACAGAGACAAAUGAAGAUGGAACAAAAACACCAGCUUCACAAGACACAAAACAGACAACUGUAGAAGUUACAACAGAACAAGCUUUACAAGACCCAACAAAGACAACUGUAGAAGGUACAACAGCACCAGCUUCACAAGACAUAACACAGACGACUGUAGAAGGAAUAACAACAUCAACUUCACAAGACACCACACGUACAACUGUAGAAGAAACAACAACACCAGCUUCACAAGACAUAACGCAGACAACUGUAGAAGGAAGAACAACACCAGCUUUACAAGACACAACACAUACAACGGUAGAAGGUACAACAGCACAAGCUUCACUAGACACAGCGCAGACAACUGUAGAAGUUACAACAGCACAAGGUUUACAAGACACAACAAAGACAACGGUAGAAGGUACAACAGUACCAGCUUCACAAGACAUAACACAGACGACUGUGGAAGGAACAACACCAACUUUACAAGACACCACACGUACAAAUGUGGAAAAAACAACACCUACUUCACAAGACUCAACGCAGACAACUUUAGAAGGAAUAACAACACCAACUUCACAAGACACAACACGUACAACUGUAGAAGGUACAACAGCGCAAGCUUCUCAAGACACAACACGUACAACUGUAGUAGGAACAACAGCACUAGCUUCACAAGACACAGCGGAGACAACUGUAGAAGUUACAACAGCACCAGCUUCACAAUACACAACACAGACAACUGUAGAAGGAACAACUACACCAACUUCACAAGACACCACAAGUACAACUGUAGAGGGAACAACACCAGCUUCACAAAAUACAAUGAAGACAACUGUAAAAGGAAGAACAAAAUCAGCUUCUCAAGACACAACACGUACAACUGUAGAAGGUACAACAGCACAAGCUUCACAAGACACAACACAGACAACUGUAGAACUUACAACAGCACAAGCUUCACAAAACACAAAAAGGACAACUGUAGAAGGUACAACAGCACCAGCUUCACAAUACAUAGCACAGACGACUGUAGAAGGAACAACAACUCCAACUUUACAAGACACCACACGUACAACCGGGGAAAAAACAACAACACCAACUUCACAAGAUUCAACGCAGACAACUGUAGAAGGAAGAACAACACCAGCUUUACAAGACACAACACGUACAACUGUAAAAGGUACAACAGCACAAGCUUCACAAGACACAACACGUACAACUGUAGAAGGUACAACAGCCCAAGCUUUACAAGACACAACACAGACAACUGUAGAACUUACAACAGCACAAGCUUCACAAGAUACAACAAGGACAACUGUAGAAGAUACAACAGCACCAGCUUCACAAGACACAUCACAGAUGAUUGUAGAAGAAACAACAACAACUUCACAAGACGCAACACCUACAACAGUAGAAGGAACAAUAACAAGAGCUUCACAAGACACAACUCAGAUAACUGUAGAAGGAACAAAAGCACCAGCUUCAAAAUACACAACACACACAACUGUAGAAGGAACAACAACACCAACUUCACAAGACACAACUCGUACAAGUGUAGAAGGCACAACAAUGCAAACCUCCCCAGACACAGCACCCACAACUGUAGAAGGAACAAUAACAAGAGCUUCACAAGAUGCAAUACAGACAGCAGGGGAGAGAACAACAACACAAGCUUCACAAAACACAGCGCUGACUACUGUAGAAGUUACAACAGCACAAGCUUUACAAGACACAACAAAGACAACGGUAGAAGGUACAACAGCGCCAGCUUCUCAAGACACAACACGUACAACUGUAGUAGGAACAACAGCACCUGCUUCACAAGACACAGCGGAGACAACUGUAGAAGGAAUAACAACACCAACUUCACAAGACACAACACGUACAACUGUAGAAGGUACAACAGCGCAAGCUUCUCAAGACACAACACGUACAACUGUAGUAGGAACAACAGCACUAGCUUCACAAGACACAGCGGAGACAACUGUAGAAGUUACAACAGCACCAGCUUCACAAUACACAACACAGACAACUGUAGAAGGAACAACUACACCAACUUCACAAGACACCACAAGUACAACUGUAGAGGGAACAACACCAGCUUCACAAAAUACAAUGAAGACAACUGUAAAAGGAAGAACAAAAUCAGCUUCUCAAGACACAACACGUACAACUGUAGAAGGUACAACAGCACAAGCUUCACAAGACACAACACGUACAACUGUAGAAGGUACAACAGCCCAAGCUUUACAAGACACAACACAGACAACUGUAGAACUUACAACAGCACAAGCUUCACAAGAUACAACAAGGACAACUGUAGAAGAUACAACAGCACCAGCUUCACAAGACACAUCACAGAUGAUUGUAGAAGAAACAACAACAACAACUUCACAAGACGCAACACCUACAACAGUAGAAGGAACAAUAAGAAGAGCUUCACAAGACACAACUCAGAUAACUGUAGAAGGAACAAAAGCACCAGCUUCAAAAUACACAACACACACAACUGUAGAAGGAACAACAACACCAACUUCACAAGACACAACUCGUACAAGUGUAGAAGGCACAACAAUGCAAACCUCCCCAGACACAGCACCCACAACUGUAGAAGGAACAAUAACAAGAGCUUCACAAGAUGCAAUACAGACAGCAGGGGAGAGAACAACAACACAAGCUUCACAAAACACAGCGCUGACUACUGUAGAAGUUACAACAGCACAAGCUUUACAAGACACAACAAAGACAACGGUAGAAGGUACAACAGCGCCAGCUUCACAAGACAUAACACAGAUGACUGUAGAAGGAACAACACCAACUUCACAAGAAACCACACGUACAAAUAAGGAAAAAACAACAACACCAACUUCACAAGACUCAACGCAGGCAACUUUAGAAGGAAGAACAACCUCAACUUCACAAGACACAUCACGUAAAACUUUAGAAGGUACAACAGCACAAGCUUCACAAGACACAACACGUACAACUGUAGUAGGAGCAACAGCACUAGCUUCACAAGACACAGCGGAGACAACUGUAGAAGUUACAACAGAACCAGCUUCCCAAUACAUAACACAGACAACUGUAGAAGGAACAACUACAUCAAAUUCACAAGACACCACAAGUACAACUGUAGAGGGAACAACACCAGCUUUACAAGACACAAUGAAGACAACUGUAGAAGGAAGAACAAAAUCAGCUUCACAAGACACAACACGUACAACUGUAGAAGGUACAACAGCACGAGCUUCACAAGACACAACACAGACAACUGUAGAACUUACAUCAGCACAAGCUUCACAAAACACAAAAAGGACAACUGUAGAAGGUACAACAGCACCAGCUUCCCAAGACAUAGCACAGACGACUGUAGAAGGAACAACAACUCCAACUUUACAAGACACCACACGUACAACCGGGGAAAAAACAACAACACCAACUUCACAAGACUCAACGCAGACAACUGUAGAAGGAAGAACAACACCAGCUUCACAAGACACAACAUGUACAACUGUAAAAGGUACAACAGCACAAUCUUCACAAGACACAAUACCUACAACUGUAGAAGGUACAACAGCCCAAGCUUUACAAGACACAACACAGACAACUGUAGAACUUACAACAGCACAAGCUUCACAAGAUACAACAAGGACAACUGUAGAAGAUACAACAGCACCAGCUUCACAAGACACAACACAGAUGAUUGUAGAAGAAACAACAACAACUUCACAAGACACAACACCUACAACAGUAGAAGGAACAAUAACAAGAGCUUCACAAGACACAACUCAGAUAACUGUAGAAGGAACAAAAGCACCAGCUUCAAAAUACACAACACAGACAACUGUAGAAGGAACAACAACACCAACUUCCCAAGACACAACUCGUACAAGUGUAGAAGGCACAACAAUGCAAACCUCACCAGACACAGCACCUACAACUGUAGAAGGAACAAUAACAAGAGCUUCACAAGAUACAAUACAGACAGCUGUGGAGGGAACAACAACACAAGCUCCACAAAACACAGCGCUGACAACUGUAGAAGUUACAACAGCACAAGCUUUACAAGACACAACAAAGACAACGGUAGAAGGUACAACAGCACCAGCUUCACAAGACAUAACACAGAUGACUGUAGAAGGAACAACACCAACUUUACAAGACACCACACGUACAUAUAAGGAAAAAACAACAACACCAACUUCACAAGACUCAACGCAGGCAACUUUAGAAGGAAGAACAACCUCAACUUCACAAGACACAUCACGUAAAACUUUAGAAGGUACAACAGCACAAGCUUCACAAGACACAACACGUACAACUGUAGUAGGAGCAACAGCACUAGCUUCACAAGACACAGCGGAGACAACUGUAGAAGUUACAACAGAACCAGCUUCCCAAUACAUAACCCAGACAACUGUAGAAGGAACAACUACAUCAAAUUCACAAGACACCACAAGUACAACUGUAGAGGGAACAACACCAGCUUUACAAGACACAAUGAAGACAACUGUAGAAGGAAGAACAAAAUCAGCUUCACAAGACACAACACAUACAACUGUAGAAGGUACAACAGCACGAGCUUCACAAGACACAACACAGACAACUGUAGAACUUACAACAGCACAAGCUUCACAAAACACAACGAGGACAAAUGUAGAAGAAACAACAACACCAACUUCACAAGACACAACACCUACAACAGUAGAAGGAACAAUAACAACAGCUUCACAAGACACAACCCAGAUAACUGUAGAAGGAACAAAAGCACCAGCUUCAAAAUACACAACACAGACAACGUUAGAAGGAACAACAACACCAACUUCACAAGACACAACUCGUACAAGUGUAGAAGGCACAAUAAUGCCAACCUCACAAGACACAGCACCUACAAUUCUAGAAGGAACAAUAACAAGAGCUUCACAAGAUACAAUACAGACAACUGUAGAGGGAACAACAACACAAGCUUCACAAGACACAGCGCAGACAACCAUAGAAGGUAAAACAGCACAAGCUUCACACGACACAACACAAACAACUGUAGAAGGAACAACAACACCAGCUUCACAAGAUACAACAACACCAGCUUCGCAAGACACAUCGCAGAUAACUGUAGAAGGAAGAACAACACCAGCUUCACAAUACACAACAAAGACAACUGUAGGUGGUACAACAGCAGGAGCUACACAAGACACAACACAGAUAAGCAUAGAACUUACAACAGCACAAGCUUCACAAGACACAACAAAGAUAACUGUAGAAGGUACAACAGCACCAGCUUCACAAGACACAACACGGACGACUGUAGAAGAAACAACACCAACUUCACAAGACACAACACCUACAACAGUAGAAGGAACAAUAACAACAGCUUCACAAGACACAACACAGAUAACUGGAGAAGGAACAAAAGCACCAGCUUCAAAAGACGCAACACAGACAACUGUAAAAGGAACGACAACACCAGCUUUACAAGACACAACUCAUACAAGUGUAGAAGGUACAACAAUGCCAACUUCACCAGACAAAACAACUAAAACUGUAGAAGGAACAAUAACACCAGCUUCGCAAGAUACAACACAGAAAACAAUAGAGGGAACAACAAUACCAGCUUCACAAGACACAGCACAGACAACUGUAGAAGGAACAACAGCGCCAACCUUACCAGACACAACACCUACAACUGUAGUAGUAACAAUAAUUUCAACGUCACAAGAUACAACAGAGAUAACUGCAGAAGGAACAACAACACCAGAUUCACAAGACACAACGCAGACAACUGUAGAAGUUACAACAGCACAAGCUUUACAAGACACAACAAAGACAACUGUAGAAGGAACAACAAAACCAACUUCACAAGACACAACACGUACAAUGGUAGAAGAAACAACAGCACCAGCUUCACAAGAAACAACGCAGACAACUGUAGAAGGAAGAACAACACCAGCUUCACAAGACACAACACCUACAACAGUAGAAGGAACAAUAACAACAGCUUCACAAGACACAACUCAGAUAAUUGUUGAAGGAACAAAAGCACCAGCUUCAAAAUACACAACACCUACAACAGUAGAAGGAGCAACAAUGCCAACUUCACAGGACACAACUCGUACAAGUGUAGAAGGCACAACAAUGCAAACCUCACCAGACACAGCACCUACAACUCUAGAAGGAACAAUAACAAGAGCUUCACAAGAUACAAUACAGACAACUGUAGAGGGAACAACAACACAAGCUUCACAAGACACAGCGGAGACAAUCAUAGAAGGUAAAACAGCACAAGCUUCACGCGACACAACACAAACAACUGUAGAAGGAAAAACAACACCAGUUUCAGAAGACACAACACAAAUAACUGUACAAGAAACACCAGCUUCACAAAAUACAACGACACCAGCUUCACAAGACACAACACAGACAACUGUAGAAGUUACAACAGCACAAGCUUUACAAGACACAACAAAGACAACUGUAGAAGGAACAACAAAACCAACUUCACAAGACACAAAACGUACAAUGGUAGAAAAAACAACAGCACCAGCUUCACAAGAAACAACGCAGACAACUGUAGAAGGAAGAACAAUACCAGCUUCACAAGACUCAACACAGACAACUGUAGAAGAAACAACAACACAAGCUUCACAAGACACAGCGCAGACAACCAUAGAAGGUAAAACAGCACAAGCUUCACACGACACAACACAAACAACUGUAGAAGGAAAAACAACACCAGUUUCACAAGACACAACACAAAUAACUGUACAAGAAACAACAACACCAGCUUCACAAGAUACAACAACACCAGCUUCACAAGACACAACGCAGAUAACUGUAGAAGGAAGAACAACACCAGCUUCACAAGACACAACAAAGACAACUGUAGGUGGUACAACAGCAGGAGCUACACAAGACACAACACAGACAAGCAUAGAACUUACAACAGCACAAGCUUCACAAGACACAACAAAGAUAACUGUAGAAGGUACAACAGCACCAGCUUCACAAGACACAACACAGACGACUUUAGAAGAAACAACACCAACUUCACAAGACACAACACCUACAACAGUAGAAGGAACAAUAACAAUAGCUUCACAAGACACAACACAGAUAACUGGAGAAGGAACGAAAGCACCAGCUUCAAAAGACACAACACAGACAACUGUAAAAGGAACGACAACACCAACUUUACAAGACACAACACCUACAACUGUAGAAGGAACAAUAACACCAGCUUCACAAGAUACAACACAGAAAACAAUAGAGGGAACAACAAUGCCAGCUUCACAAGACACAGCACAGACAACUGUAGAAGGAACAACAGCGCCAACCUUACCAGACACAACACCUACAACUGUAGUAGUGACAAUAACUUCAACGUCACAAGAUACAACAGAGAUAACUGCAGAAGGAACAACAACACUAGAUUCACAAGACACAGCACAGACAACUGUAGAAGUUACAACAGCACAGGCUUUACAAGACGCAACAAAGACAACUGUAGAAGGAACAAAAAAACCAACUUCACAAGACACAACACGUGCAAUUGUAGAAGAAACAACAGCACCAGCUUCACAAGAAACAACGCACACAACUGUAGAAGGAAGAACAACACCAGCUUCACAAGACACAACAUGUACAACUGUGGAAGGUACAACAGCACAAGCUUCACUAGACACAGCACAGAUAAAUGUAGAACUUACAACAGCACAAGCUUCACAAGAUACAAAAAGGACAACUGUAGAAGGUACAACAGCACAAGUUUCACAAGACAUAACACAGACAACUGUAGAAGAAACAACAACACCAACUUCACAGGACACAACAACUACAACUGUAGAAGGAACAAUAACAACAGCUUUACAAGAUACAACACAGACAACUGUAGAAGGAACAACAGCACCAUCUUCACAAGACACAGCGCAGACAACUGUAGAAGUUACAGCAGCACUAGAUUCACAAUACACAACACAGACAACUGUAGAAGGAACGAUAACACCAACUUCACAAGACUCCACAAGUACAACUUUAGAAGGAACAACAACACCAGCUUCACAAGACACAAUGCAGACAACUGUAGAAGGAAGAACAACACCAGCUUCACAAGACACAACAAAGACAACUGUAGAAGGAACAACAUCACCAGUUUCACAAAUCACAACACAGAUAACUGUAGAAGGAACAACAUCACCAGCAUCAAAAGACACAACAUCUACAACCGUGGAAGAAACAACACCAGCUUCACAAGAUACAACACAGAAAACUGUAGAAGGAACAACCACACUAACUUCACAAGACACAAGACAUACAACUGUAGAAGGAACAACAGCACCAGCUUUACAAGACACAGCGCAGACAACUGUGGAAGUUACAAUAGCAAUAGCUUCACAAUACACAACACAGACAACUGUAGAAGGAACAACACCAGCUUCACAAGAUACAACACAGACAACUGUAGAAGGAAGAACAACACCAGCUUCACAAGACACAACAAGGAUAACUGUAGGUGGGACAACAGCAGGAGCUUCACAAGACACAACACAGACAACUUUAGAAUUAACAACAGCACAAGCUUCACAAGACACAACAAGGACAACUGUAGAAGGUACAACAGCACCAGCUUCACAAGACACAUCACAGACAACUGUAACAAUAACACCAGAUUCACAAGACACAACAAAGACAACCAUACGUGGUACAACAGCAGGAGCAUCACGAGACACAACACAGACAACUGUAGAAUUUACAACAGCACAAGCUUCACAAGACACAACACAUACGACUGUAGAAGGUGCAACAGCACCAGCUUCACAAGACAUACCACAGACAACUGUAACAAUAACACCAGCUUCACAAGACACAACAAAGACAACUGUACGUGGUAAAACGUCAGGAGCUUCACGAGACACAACACAGACAACUGUAGAAUUUACAACAGCACAAGCUUCACAAGACACAACACAGACGACUGUAGACGACAACUGA